CAUCGGUCCAUUCAGCCCUACUACGCUCCACCGCUUCACCGAUUCCUCUCCCGCCAUGGCCAUGGAGCUCUCUGCAUCCCGAGCCAUUUCUAACCUACCACUUUUCUCUACUGUUCUCGCCGGAAACUCGCAGCUCCGUCCGAGGCACGCUCUUCCUCUCAGAAUCGCCAUAGUCUCCCGCUCUACUCGUAGCCUUCACUUCCGAUGUCGUCCUUUUUCUGUUUCGUUGCCAAGAGCAGCAGCCUCUGAUGAUUCAAAUGGUUAUCGACCAUUCAUUACUGAAGAACGGGAUGGUCCGAUAAUCUUGGAAGAUUCUCCUGCUGAGAAGCUCCCAUCCGACGAAAUGGCGUCAUCAGAAGAACCAGUUGAGGGUGCGCAAGAACAGGCGUUCGAUUUAUGGAAUGGUCUUCAAUUCGAGUCUGUUGAUGUAUACAAUCUUAUCCUAUAUGGUUCUGGUGCUUUUUGGGGCCUUUGGUUGGUUUCAGCCAUUGUUGGUGCUAUUGAUUCCAUCCCAGUGGUUCCUAAGCUGUUGGAAGUUGUGGGGCUUGGUUACACAGUGUGGUUCACAGCUCGCUAUUUGUUAUUGAAGGAAAGUAGAGAUGAAUUGGCUGCUAAGAUCGAUGAGUUAAAGGACCAGGUUGUCGGUUCGGAUUGACGUCGGAUUUGGUUUAAUCGAGUCGUGGUAGCUUCGAGAGUAAGGUAUUUGGCCUUCUAUGAAACCAUUUAGAUGUUAGAAGUUGGGUUUGUUUUCUCACCAUUUCUUUUCACGUUUUCAUUUCAUUGAAGGGAGACAAAAUCUUCACUCUUUAAGAGACCUCCAAAACAAUCAAAGUAUUGGGAAAAAGAUGGAAAUCUGUCAAACAAGCCUCUUCCUCUAUUUCCCUUUUGACCAAAUCUCUUACCCCUUGUCGGUUUGUUGUUCAUGUAUUGAAUUUUAUUUGCUUUCUUCUGUGGUU